UUGUUGCUUUUGUAUAUAAGAGCUCUUUUCCCCACAGCUUUCCAGAACCUACAGACACUCAGCUGCAAUAUUCAUUCUAGCAGGAGUCCAGUUCACCACUAUAGACAAUGUUGGCUGCUUUUCUUCUCUGUGCUGCCUUUGCUCUGAGCACUGCAACAGAGGCCCAAGUGAAGACCAGUGCAGAGGAGCCCCUGCCUCUGGAUGAAGUCCGUUCUACAGCCCUGGAUCCAGUGAAGGAGAUGGCAGCUGCUCAGCAGAACAUUUCUCUAGAGGGGAGGCCAGAGGAACCUCUGGCUGUGAAGGAAGAGAGUCUGGAGGAAGAGGAGCCUCUGGCUCAGGAGAUGGCAAGAGGCACAAUGUUGAGUUACGGUGUGGAGAGCAGGAGCUCCUGUCCACCAGGCUGGUCCCCACAUGGUUCCCGAUGCUUCAUCUUCAUCAACAGCCCACACAGUUGGGCACAGGCAGAACGCUAUUGUCUGCACCUUAGUGCCAACCUUGUCUCCAUCCACAGUGCAGAGGAGCACUGUUUCAUCCAGGAGCUCGUGAGGAGGACCACCGGUGGAUUCCCCUAUACCUGGAUUGGUGCCACUGAUAUUUCUGAGAAUGGGUUGUGGUUCUGGACUGAUGGCUCCAGGUUUGACUUCGAGGCGUGGGGUUCUGGAGAGCCCAACAACGGUGGAGGCACAGAAGCAUGUGUUGAAAUUAACUCUGGAGCUGCAAGUCUCUGGAAUGACUUUUAUUGUGACCGUCAACGUCCCUUUGUGUGUGCCAUGAAGCUGUUGAGCUGUUAACUCAUCCAAUCAGACACUGCAACCAGAAAUGAGGAG